UCUCUCUCGGUUACCGUAGAUUCCUCCGCUCUGCGUUGGCGCAUUCUAACAAGCUCUGCAGACAUCCGGCUGUUUGUUUUCUCAUCGUUUAUGCAUCAAUCUGGCACCACAAGCCUCUCUGGCUUGUGCCGGGUCACCGAGCACCUUUUCCUGAGCAGCAGCAGAGCAGCUAAGGACUGCUCCCAGGUGGCCGGAAAUGGGAUAACCUGCAUCAUAAGCGCCACAGAAACCAAGGACGACUCUACUCCUCCUCCGCCCGGAGUGGAGCACAUCCACAUCCCGGUGCCUGACUCCCCGCAGUCCCCGCUCAGAGACCACUUUGACCAGGUGGCGGAUAAAAUCCAGAGCACGGCAGAGCGCCACGGCUGCACUCUGGUGCACUGCAACGCCGGGGUGAGCCGCUCCGCCGCGCUCUGCUUGGCCUAUCUCAUGAAGCACCGCGGGGCCAGCCUGCUGGAGGCACACCGGCUGCUGAGGAGCUGUCGACCCAUCGUCAGGCCGAACCCCGGGUUCUGGAGGCAGCUCAUCCAGUACGAGGCAGAGCUGCGUGGGAGCAGUUCGGUCAGGAUGGUGCCUUCUUCUGCAGGAGAGAUACCGGACAUUUAUGAAGAGGAGACCCGGAACAUGGUGCUUCUGUGAAGAGACACCGUGCAUCUAAAUAAAUACUUGUUUGUA